AUGGUAGAUGAAUGGUGGCGAUAUUUUACAAGUAGUUGUCCGAAUGUUAAAAACUUAGCCAUUAAAUUGUUAAGUCAAACUGCAUCUUCAUCAGGUUGUGAAAGAAAUUGGAGUAUCUUUGAAAGAAUACACUCCAAGAAAAGGAAUAGAUUAGAGCAUCAAAGGUUGAAUGAUCUUGUAUAUGUUCAUUACAAUUUUCGCUUAAAGAAUAGAGUUGCUAAUAAGAGAAAAGAAACUGAUCCUGUUGAUUUUGAAAGUAUUGAUAAAAUUGAGUAUUGGGUAAUGGAAGAAGAUGAUCCUUCUUUACUUCAUGCUGAUGAGAUAGAAGGAGAUCUCCUUAUGAUGAGCAAACACUACCAAGAGCUAUUAUUUCGCAACAGGAAGAGGAAGAUGAUCAACAAAGAGUGAAUGUGGUAGAGGGAAAAGGGAUUGAUUUAGGAUCAUUUGCUCAGGAAGAUGAUGAUAGUUACAACGCAGAUGCUGAUGCUUUCGAGCCUAACCAUGCCUGGAUUAAUCAAG